CGCGCGGGCCGGAGCGGACGGGGACGGGGACGGGGCGGCGGUUGGCUGUGGCUGCUGAGAGUCCAGUCAGGACGCCGAGAGGCGGCGGAGGAGGCACCGGCGGCACCGGCAGAGGGGGCGACAGCGGUUGAGGCGGCGGUCCAACGCGUGCUCUCUGGGCGGGUGCGGCGGGGGAUGUGCCUGCCCAGGCCGGGCGGAGUCUCUCUGACAGGGCGGGGGGUGCGCGGCGGCCGCUCGCCCGGACCCUAAGGCAGCUGGGCCCACCCUCCUGAAACCCUCCGACCCUCGGUGGUCUCGGCCUCUGCUGUCUCCUCCGGCCUGACCCUGGGGCUGAGGCUGGCAGGCGGCUUCCGCCGAAGAGGAGGGGGCUGCGGUGGCCACCGCGGCGGAGCCCGAGGUUCUGUAUCCUCGUAUUAUACAUGUGUGUCUAUUGAAAACAGCACAGAGGUGGAUUUUAAAAAUCUGCUCUGACCAUCUUUGUCUUUUAACUGGAGCAUUCACGCUUAAUACAGCAGUUCUUUUGCCACGAAAAUGAUUUGUGCAGUCUUGAACACAUACUAUCCAUGCUGAUGGGACAGGAUCCAAUAUGAAUAUAAAUGAUGGAGGAAGACGACGCUUUGAGGAUAAUGAACAUACAUUACGUAUAUAUCCUGGGACAAUUUCAGAAGGGACAAUCUACUGUCCAAUUCCUGCCAGAAAAAACUCCACGGCUGCUGAGGUGAUUGACUCUCUUAUAAACAGACUUCAUCUUGACAAAACAAAAUGUUAUGUUCUAGCAGAGGUAAAAGAAUUUGGUGGAGAAGAAUGGAUACUCAAUCCAACAGACUGUCCAGUUCAGCGAAUGAUGUUGUGGCCCCGAAUGGCUCUGGAAAAUCGCUUGAGUGGAGAGGACUACCGUUUUCUUCUGAGAGAAAAAAACCUUGAUGGAUCAAUCCAUUAUGGUAGUCUUCAGUCAUGGCUACGGGUAACAGAAGAACGUCGCAGGAUGAUGGAACGGGGUUUUCUUCCACAGCCUCAACAAAAAGACUUUGAUGAUUUAUGUAGCUUACCUGAUUUGAAUGAGAAAACUCUCUUAGAAAACCUACGAAAUCGCUUUAAGCAUGAAAAAAUUUACACCUACGUUGGCAGUAUUCUAAUAGCUAUUAACCCAUUCAAGUUUCUUCCUAUUUAUAACCCCAAAUACGUCAAAAUGUAUGAUAACCACCAAUUGGGAAAACUUGAGCCUCACAUUUAUGCUGUGGCUGAUGUAGCUUAUCAUGCCAUGCUUCAGCGCAAAAGGAAUCAGUGCAUCGUGAUUUCAGGAGAGAGUGGUUCUGGGAAGACUCAAAGCACAAACUUUCUUAUUCAUCACCUUACUGCCCUCAGUCAGAAAGGAUUUGCCAGUGGAGUGGAACAAAUUAUUCUUGGAGCUGGACCAGUACUUGAGGCCUUUGGAAAUGCAAAGACAGCUCAUAAUAACAAUUCAAGUCGUUUUGGCAAGUUUAUUCAAGUAAAUUACCAAGAAACAGGCACUGUACUUGGUGCCUAUGUUGAAAAGUAUCUACUGGAGAAGUCCAGACUCGUUUAUCAAGAGCAUAAUGAACGGAACUAUCAUGUGUUUUAUUACCUCCUGGCAGGAGCAAGUGAAGAAGAGAGAUUAGCAUUCCAUCUUAAACAACCGGAAGAAUAUCAUUAUCUCAAUCAGAUAACAAAGAAACCCCUCAGACAGAGCUGGGAUGAUUAUUGCUAUGACUCUGAGCCGGAUUGCUUCACAGUGGAGGGGGAAGAUUUGAGGCAUGACUUUGAACGCUUACAACUAGCCAUGGAAAUGGUAGGAUUUCUUCCCAAGACACGAAGACAGAUUUUCUCUCUUCUCUCAGCAAUACUACAUUUGGGUAAUAUCUGUUAUAAAAAGAAGACAUACCGGGAUGACUCCAUAGAUAUAUGUAAUCCUGAAGUUCUGCCUGUUGUCUCAGAAUUAUUAGAAGUUAAAGAAGAGAUGCUAUUUGAAGCACUAGUUACAAGGAAGACCGUGACAGUGGGAGAAAAGCUUAUUUUACCAUACAAACUGGCAGAGGCUGUGACAGUGAGGAACUCCAUGGCUAAGUCUUUAUAUAGUGCCCUGUUUGACUGGAUAGUUUUUCGGAUUAAUCAUGCACUUAUGAAUAGUAAAGAUUUGGAGCAAAAUAUCAAGACUUUGUCCAUUGGUGUUCUUGAUAUUUUUGGGUUUGAAGAUUAUGAAAAUAACAGCUUUGAACAGUUCUGUAUUAAUUUUGCUAAUGAACGCUUACAACACUACUUUAAUCAGCAUAUCUUUAAAUUGGAGCAGGAGGAAUAUAGAGCUGAAGGUAUCAGCUGGCACAAUAUAGAUUAUAUUGAUAAUACCUGUUGCAUAAAUCUUAUUAGCAAGAAACCAACAGGCCUGCUCCAUCUUUUGGAUGAAGAAAGCAACUUUCCACAGGCUACAAAUCAAACACUGCUGGACAAAUUUAAGCAUCAACAUGAAGAGAAUUCUUACAUUGAAUUUCCAGCUGUGAUGGAGCCUGCUUUUAUCAUAAAGCAUUAUGCUGGGAAAGUGAAAUACGGGGUAAAGGAUUUCCGGGAAAAAAAUACAGAUCAUAUGCGCCCUGACAUUGUAGCUCUUCUGAGAAGUAGCAAGAAUGCAUUUAUCUCUGGGAUGAUUGGAAUUGAUCCUGUAGCUGUUUUCCGUUGGGCAGUUCUCCGAGCUUUUUUCAGAGCUGUUAUUGCUUUCAGGGAAGCUGGGAAAAGACACAUUCAGAGAAAAACUGGACAUGAUGAUACAGCGCCAUGUGCAGUUUUGAAAAGUAUGGAUAGUAUUAGCUUUCUCCAACACCCAGUCCACCAGAGGAGCUUAGAGAUUCUGCAGAGGUGCAAGGAAGAGAAGUACAGUAUAACUCGGAAAAAUCCCAGAACACCUCUUUCUGAUCUCCAGGGCAUGAAUACUCUAAAUGAAAAAAACCAACAUGAAACAUUUGAUUUUGCCUGGAAUGGCAGAACUGGGAUUCACCAGAGCAGACUAUCAAGUAACACCUCCUUGCUUGAUAAAGAUGGGAUAUUCGCUAAUUCAGCUAGCAGCAAACUCUUGGAGAGAGCCCAUGGAAUUCUCACGAGAAACAAAAAUGUCAAAUCCAAGCCUGGCCUUCCAAAGCACUUGCUAGAAGUAAAGUCUUUAAAGCACCUGACAAGACUGACCCUACAGGAUCGCAUUACCAAGUCUCUUCUUCAUUUGCACAAGAAGAAGAAACCUCCCAGCAUCAGUGCCCAGUUUCAGGCCUCAUUAAGCAAGCUGAUGGAAACACUUGAUCAAGCAGAACCGUAUUUUGUAAAAUGCAUUCGCUCUAAUGCCGAAAAGUUGCCAUUAAGGUUCAGUGAUGCCUUGGUACUUAGACAGCUUCGGUACACUGGGAUGCUGGAGACAGUUCGAAUUCGCCAAUCAGGAUACAGCUGCAAAUAUUCUUUCCAGGAUUUUGUGAGCCAUUUCCACGUACUUCUUCCCCGAAAUAUUAUUCCAUCCAAAUUUAACAUUCAGGAUUUCUUCAGGAAAAUAAAUCUUAAUCCAGAUAAUUAUCAAGUUGGAAAAUCCAUGGUAUUCCUAAAGGAGCAGGAACGACAACACCUCCAAGAUCUGCUUCACCAAGAGGUGCUCCGCAGAAUCAUAUUGUUGCAGCGAUGGUUCAGGGCCUUGCUGUGUAGGCAGCAUUUCCUCCAUCUGAGACAGGCAUCCGUUAUCAUCCAGCGAUUCUGGAGGAAUUACCUAAAUCAGAAGCAGGUCAGAGAUGCAGCUGUGCAGCAGGAUGCUUUAGUUAUGGCUAGUGCAGCCACUCUUCUUCAAGCUUCCUGGCGUGCUUACUUAGAGAGGCAGCGGUAUUUGGAGCUCCGGACUGCAGCCAUCGUCAUCCAGCAGAAAUGGAGGGAGCACUAUAGGCGGAGGCACAUGGCUGCUAUUUGCAUACAGGCGAGAUGGAAAGGCUACAGGGAAAGUAAGAGGUAUCAAGAACAAAGGAACAAAAUUAUCCUUUUGCAAUCACUAUGUAGAGGAUUCAGAGCAAGACAAAGAUUUAAAGCUUUAAAAGAACAAAGACUAAAAAAAACAAAACUAAAACUUGGAUUGGCAAAUAUCAAGCCAUAUGGAACUCUGGAAAUUCACGGUUCAGACCCUUCAGAAUGGGAGGAUUGUUCAUUUGACAACAGAGUAAAAGCCAUAGAGGAAUGUAAAUCUGUGAUAGAGAGUAAUCGAAUUAGUCAUGAAAGUUCAAAGGACUGCUUGAACGAGUCCCCAAACAAGCGACAGGAGAGAGCCAGAAGUCGAAGUGGUAUGGACUUGCAGGGAGAUGUGACUGUAAGAGAGAGACCCAAGUCCUUGGAAGAUCUCCACCAGAAAAAAGUGGGUCGGGCCAAAAGAGAAAGUCGGAGAAUGAGAGAACUAGAGCAAGCUAUAUUUAGUUUAGAAUUGCUGAAAGUCCGUUCUCUUGGUGGUGUGUCUCCUUCAGAAGAACGUAGGUGGUCUACAGAACUGAUGCCUGAGGGCCUUCAGUCUUUACAGGGUACACCUGAUAGUGAAAGCUCUCAAGGAAGCUUGGAACUUCUGAGCUGUGAGGAAAGCCAAAAGAGCAAACUAGAGCCCAUAAUUCUAGAUGAAGGAGAUGUGCCGUUUCUGUCACCUAAGAUAUCUAGCAGUCCAAAUUUUGAUUCACAGGACAAUGCCCUCAGUACCUCAAGUGAGACUAACUAUACAUUGAUUCAAAAGAGGGCACCUUCUGACUCAGUGCAUUUAAAGAAUGGGGCUAUGAAGGAAAAACUGGUUUGCAGUUCUGAAUCUAUUACCUGUAAACCACAGCUGAGAGACUCCUUUAUUUCAAAUAGUCUGCCUACAUUUUUUUAUAUUCCCCAACAAGACCCACUGAAAACAAAGUCUCAGCUAGACACAAGUGUCCAGAGAAACAAACUAUUGGAAAGUGAAGAAACACUUCCAUCUCUUACUUUGGAUAUCAACAGGGAAGCCAGAAAGUACCACUUCCCAGGGGAAAAUCAAGUUGUUGCUUCUUUGAAUACAGAUUCUUCCAAUAUUGUGCUUAAGAAGUUAGAAAAGCUAAACACUGAGAAGGAAGAAAGGCAAAAGCAAUUGCAGCAGCAGAAUGAAAAAGAGAUGAUGGAACAGAUUCGCCAGCAAACAGAUAUUUUAGAAAAGGAGCGUAAAGCCUUUAAGACAAUUGAAAAGCCAAGAACUGGGGAGACUUUUCUGGUACCAUCUUUCCAUCAGUCAAAGCAAAGAAUAGAGAGGCCAUCCUCUCUCCUCAUCCUGACUACCCCAAAUAAGGACGAACCCAGUGUAGUUGGGACUCCAUCAGUAACUGUAAAAGAUGCUGCUCUUGCCCCAAAAGACAGUCCCUCUGCUCACUUACCCUUGAAGGACCGACCUGUCACUCUGUUCUUUGAAAGAAAAGGAGGCCCAUGCCAAUCUAGUGCUGUUAAGGAAUUAUCCAAGACAGACAGAAUGUCCACCCAACUGAAUGUAGCCUGUAAACUCUCUAAUAAUCGCAUUUCAAAAAGAGAACACCUUAGGCCAACUCAGCCUUGUAGCUACAAAUCUGAUGACCUUUUCAGAGAUGGAACUACUAGGGCCAUUUUCUUCACGCCAAAGGAAAAUAUGAGUAGUUCCCUUGUCACCAAGGAAGCCUUAAACAGUGGAAAUCCUCAACUCCAUAAACAAGAUGAACCAGCUUCGAAACCUGUGAAGUUAACUGGGCCGGGCCAAAGAGAGCAGGUUGCCAGACCGGCCCAUAAAAAGAAAGCUCGAAUGGCGCGGACGCGCUCCGAUUUCUUGACUAGAGGUACUUUUGCCGAUGGGGAGGGGGAUACAGAGGAAGAUGAUUACGAUGACAUUAUUGAGCCCCUUCUCUCCCUUGACCAAGCUUCUCACUCUGAGCUAGGGCCUGCACCCGGCCUGGGUCAGGCCUCUCACAGUGACUCCGAAAUGACAUCACAGCGUUUUUCCUCAGUUGAUGAAGAAGCAAAGCUUCAUAAGACCAUGUCUCAAGGAGAGAUUACGAAGUUGGCAGUGAGACAGAAGGCUUCAGAUUCAGAUAUAAGACCUCAGAGAGCUAAGAUGAGAUUCUGGGCCAAAGGGAAACAAGGGGAGAAGAAGACUACCAGAGUGAAACCUGCCACCCAUUCGGAGGUUUCGGCACUCUUUGCUGGCUCAGAUAUGAUUCCAGCUCAUCAGUUUCCAGAUGAAUCAUCUCAGAAUCAGCCAACACCUCCUUUGAGUCCAGAAUUGCCUGGGAGUUGCCGGAAGGAGUUCAAAGAGAACAAAGAGCCUUCUCCAAAGGCAAGACGCAAGCGAAAUGUGAAGAUCAGCAGCGUGGCUUUGGAGUCUAUGCAUUGGCAAAAUGACUCUGUCCAGAUCAUAGCAAGUGCCAGUGAUUUAAAAAGCAUGGAUGAAUUUCUUCUGAAAAAGAUGAAUGACCUAGAUAAUGAAGACAGCAAGAAAGACACACUAGUGGAUGUUGUAUUUAAAAAAGCUCUGAAAGAAUUUCGGCAGAAUAUCUUCAGCUUUUAUUCAUCUGCAUUGGCGAUAGAUGAUGGGAAAAGCAUACGGUAUAAAGACCUCUACGCACUAUUUGAACAGAUUUUGGAAAAGACCAUGAGGCUUGAGCAGCGUGAUUGGAGUGAAUCUCCAGUCAGAGUUUGGGUCAACACUUUUAAAGUGUUUUUAGAUGAAUAUAUGAAUGAAUUCAAGACUCUGGAAUAUGUACCCACAAAGGUGCCAAAAACAGAGAGAAAGAAAAGAAGGAAAAAAGAAACUGAUUUAGUAGAAGAGCACAAUGGUCACAUCUUUAAGGCCACCCAGUAUAGCAUCCCUACAUACUGUGAGUACUGUUCUUCUUUGAUAUGGAUAAUGGACCGAGCCUCUGUUUGCAAAUUAUGCAAGUAUGCUUGUCAUAAGAGGUGCUGUCUGAAAACCACAGCCAAGUGCUCUAAAAAGUAUGAUCCAGAGCUAUCAUCUCGACAGUUUGGGGUUGAAUUAUCCCGUUUGACCAGUGAAGACCGAACUGUUCCUUUGGUGGUGGAAAAACUCAUAAACUACAUUGAAAUGCAUGGAUUAUACACAGAAGGUAUUUACCGAAAGUCUGGUUCAACUAAUAAAAUCAAGGAGCUUCGACAAGGUCUAGAUACAGAUGCUGAGAAUGUAAACCUAGAUGACUAUAACAUACACGUCAUUGCAAGUGUAUUCAAACAAUGGCUUCGUGAUUUGCCCAAUCCACUCAUGACCUUUGAACUCUAUGAGGAAUUUCUUCGAGCUAUGGGCCUUCAGGAGAGGAAAGAGACAAUCCGUGGUGUCUACUCUGUGAUUGACCAGCUCUCCCGAACUCAUCUCAAUACCCUGGAACGCCUCAUCUUUCAUCUAGUCAGGAUUGCUCUACAGGAAGACACUAAUCGAAUGUCUGCUAACGCUUUGGCCAUUGUAUUUGCACCCUGCAUUCUCCGCUGCCCUGACACCAUCGACCCACUACAAAGUGUGCAGGACAUCAGUAAGACUACCACCUGUGUGGAGCUGAUUGUUGUGGAACAAAUGAAUAAAUAUAAGGCUCGUCUCAAAGACAUCAGUAGCCUGGAAUUUGCUGAGAAUAAGGCAAAGACCAGGCUGUCACUGAUUCGUAGAUCAAUGAAACCUGUACUAAUUGCAGUUAGAUUUAUGAGCAUUACCCGCAAUUCAGUCUCGGGGAAGGGGCGUCUUCGUCGAGGGAACUAUCCAUGCCCAUCCUCUCCUGUUGUAGUUCGGUUGCCCUCCAUGUCUGAUGUCCCAGAAGAGACCUUGACUAGUGAGGCAGCGCUGGAGGCUGACAUCACAGAACAGCAGCAAGCAGCUAUGCAGCAGGAGGAGAGAGUCCUGACUGAGCAGAUUGAGAACCUGCAGAAAGAAAAGGAAGAGCUAACUUUUGAGAUGCUUGUACUGGAACCCCGUGCCUCUGAUGAUGAAACCCUUGAGUCUGAGGCCUCCAUAGGGACUGCGGAUAGCUCUGAAAAUUUGAAUAUCGAGUCUGAAGGUGCCAUCGCUGAGAAAUCAGAGAGAAGCUUAGCCCUUAUCUCCCUGAAGGCAGCUGGCAAGUCUGAACCUUCAGGCAAGUUGCGGAAGCAGCUAAAAAAGCAGCAAGACUCACUGGAUUCAGUGGACUCUUCAGUCUCUUCUUUAUGUUCAUCUAGCACUGCAUCUUCUUAUGGGACCAGAAGACGAUUUCAAAUUUAUUCCAAAUCUCCAUUCUACCGAGCUUCCUCAGCUGGCGAGGCCCUGGGAGUGGAAGGGCCAUUGGGCCAGACCAAGUCCCUAGAAGACAAGCCUCAAUUCAUCAGCAGAGGAACCUUCAACCCUGAAAAGGGCAAACAAAAAUUAAAGAAUGUGAAAAACUCACCUCAGAAAACCAAAGAGACCCCAGAGGGGACAGUUGUGUCUGGCCGCAGGAAAACUGUGGACCCAGACUGCAGCUCUACCCAACAGCUAGCUCUCUUUGGAAAUAAUGAGUUUAUGGUCUGAACUGGCAGAUGUGUUGUCCCUUCAUGGCUACAUCUCAUCUUUGGGGCCUCAUCACCUGGUCCACAAUAUUCAUCCUAAUUGUGGUCCUGCCUCUCGCCCAAGCAUACAACCAAGACCUUGUGUGCUGAAUUCCUGGUCCUCCUGCCGAAGCGGAAAGGCCUCUUUGAAGCCUGCUAGGGAUGGUGCCAGUUGUGCCUUGGCUGCUGUAUUUGACUAGAGAUUUGACUAAACAAAGCAACCAGGGCCUGGGGAUUUGGGUCAGUUGUGGAGGUCUUUGUAGUUGCCUCUCCUCCCUCCUCUUUUCCCUUCCCAGAGGUGAGUGUGGAACUGGGGGGACAUUGUGGGCUGGAGGGACCCACUGAUUUCUGACAUUUGAAGAAAACAUAUAAAUCUUUCUUAACCAUGAAAGUGAAAUCCUUUGGGUUUAUUUUGGGAUAGUUAGGAACUGGGGUAGAAUAUAAUUUUUUUCCAAGGAUUUAUAAACAAAAAGCCUAAGCCCUCUAUUUUAAGAUUUUUGAAAAACACUCCAUGUUAUAUUCUGGGAAAAGUGAAAAAGCAGUUGUCUCCAUUAAGCCAUCAGAGCAUGUCUCAGACAUCUGUGGUUACACAGUGAAGAGGAGAAUACAUGUUUUGCUUUUGAUGAUGUUUGAUGUCGUAAUAAUCAAUGCUGGUUUAACUCCUGGUUAGUUCCUGCCAAAUAUAUUGCAUGGCCCGAAAUUUCAGUAGCUAUACUGUUCUUAUAGCCCCUGAUUCUAGGAUCAGGUUCCUCUAAUAUUUUUUAAAUGUCCCAGAGACAUGGUGAACCCUAAACAUGAGGGUUUCAUGCUAAUCCAUCCAGGCUUUUCUCUUUGUAUAGAUUAAACUGAAGAUCAUAUAUGAACCUAUUUAUCUGCUGGUGGCUUUCCACCACGAGCUCAGACAAAUAAUGUGACCAUUUAAUCACUUCUCCCCAAACAUUCACACACAGCACUGCAUGAAUAAGUGUUACAGAAAGCUGCCAAAAAAAAAAAGAGAAAAGUUUUUAAUAUGACCCAUCUAACUUUUAUCUUCUUUUCCUCAGACCAUCAGUAUUAAAUAGAUGAAAAAAAAAAAAUCAAGGACUACUUGAAGCUAUUUUUGUUAAUAUUCUGGUUACUGAAGUUUACUGUAAAUAUAUAUAUGUAUAGUAUGCAUAUUUCUUUUUAACCUUAUGCUACCUUGCUUCCCAUGGAAUUUCUUCCCACAGAUUAGGGGCCAUUGGACGUGAUGGUGAGAGCCACUCAUCCCUGGGUUGAGGGAAAAGUCAGACCAUUUUUCUCACCACUGGGUGUCUCCAUAUACCUGAGUUAUGAAAGCAUUUUAAGCUUCUUAGCAUUUGUGGGAUUAGAAAUCUGUUUUUGCCUAUUUAUAAUAUAUGGAAAAUGAAACAUGAUACCCUUUCUCGAGAUAAGUAUGUGAAAAUGUUUUUUUAAAGUUACUAAAUGCAUCUUGUCUAACUACCACAUGCACUGUUCUAAAAAAGAGCCUUUACCAUCUGUAACCUGAAUUUUGGUUAUUCUUCCUUUUCAUACUUAGUUGAUGUGAAGUUAUAGAAAUAUUAAGACUUUCGUUAAGGCAGAGUCUCUCCUGUUACACAACACUGAACCUCAUGCCACUGCCUCCUUGGUUAUUGUUGAGCCCCAGAGGCCAGACAUGGAACAUCAUUCUGAGUGGCAGCUACAGGUAGCAGGAGGCUUACCUCUCUCUGGUUUGGGUUCAGAAAUGACCUCGGGAAAGGAAUCUUUCUAAAUCUCCAGAAUGAUGAUGGUUAGUAAGUAAAUGUUAGAUUUUAUAUCCUGCAAACAUCUGCCACCUUGUUCAUGCUGUCCUGAGGAGUAACAAAGGUAAAGCCUUUAAAAAUCUGAAUUUGAGAGUCUCCUAGAGUAAAACCCAACCCCUCAGCAUGGUGUGUCAGCGUGGGUGCCCCGGUCCCCGUGCCAGGCACAGUCAGUCGCAUUAUUCUUGGGAGGGUGGUUUUCAGCUGGCACUAAUGCUCCACUUGCUCCAGAACGUUGGUUAAAUACCAUACCAAAAAAAGAGAUUAGCCCUGUUGAAUAGUUUUCUUUGGCCCACAGAAAUGGCCUGGGAAACACAUCUUGGCACGUGGCCUCCCCUCUGAAUCUUUGUGGAGUUUUUGUUUUGUUGCUGUUGUUUUGCAAAGUAAGUUUUUGGCAGUUAAAAAACUACUCAUAUAGGUCACUUUAUAGGAACCAGGCGAUGGAUGUUAAGAGACUUUAUAAUUUUUCUCAGGGACCUAAAACCUGAAAUUGGAUAAAAUUAAAUAAAUAUUUGUUUUUCAGUUGCUAGAUUUGUGGAUUUCUAGUCAUUUAACAAGCUGCCAGAAUGGAGGGUGGGGGAAGGGAGAUCCAUGCAAUUGUAAGAAUGGAGAGCAAACGUGGGACCCUCCCUUUGAAGGAAAGCAAGCCGUUGUUCUCCUAACAUAACAGGCAUUGUUGGCCUGGGAAGGAGAUGAAGCCAUAACUCUAAAAAACUGUCAGAACCAAGCGCUGUAUCUCCUUCCCUCUGAUCUUAACUGGUCCUCUCCGUGGUUAAAGUUAUGUUACCACAAGGCGAUGCUGUAUUACCAGGGGUGCCCAAUCCCUGGGCUGCGGACUGUACCGGUCUCACAGCCUGUUAGGAACCGGGCUGCGCAGCAGGAGGUGAGCGGCGGGGUGAGCGAGGGAAGCUUCGUCUGCCGCUCCCCAUCGCUCGCAUCACCGCCUGAACCAUUCCCCCUCCCCCCCGCCCCCUGUCCGUGGAAAAAUUGUCUCCUACGAAACCAGUCCCUGGUGCCAAAAAAGUUGGGGACCGCUGCUGUAUUACCAUCACUUAUGAUUGAGAUAUUUAACCUUAGUAUAUGUCAAAUUUGUGUUUCCUAUUGCCUCUCUGCUCAUUUUCUUUGAUCUCAAAUGCCUCAAAGGAAAUCCCUGCAUGGCAGCAGUGGGGCAGCCCCUCAUUUGAAGCCCAUACUCUAAAAUGCAGAGCAUUCUCUUCUUAUCACACGUUCCCAGCCCCAAACACAGCCUGGAUUUUUAAUUCUCCCAAUUAAAGCCGACGUAUCCCUUACCAUGGAAAACGUAAUGGAAACAGAGAAGUGUGCACUGUGUAUCACAAAGCGAAGCAAAUACAGGAAGGAUUUAGGAAGGUGACGUGCUGAGUUUGUAAUGCGCUUUAUACUUCCUGCCAUUUUAAUUAUUUUGCCACUCGGCUUCUGAAAGACAAAGGAGAUACAGCUCAGUAUGAGCCUUGCAGAGGUAGAGGGACCUGAGGUUAGGGGGUGGGAUACAAGAGCCCCACCUUCUCAUGCUUUGGAAACCAGCUACAGCUCUUACCUUGCUGGGGGGUUAGUGGAGACUUCUGUCUUCCAUCACAACAACAAUAGGGUUGUUUUCACUGUCAAAGACAGAGGGUUCCAGAAGCAUGCUGAAAAAAGGAGGUCCAGCAAGGUUCUGCAGGCCCACUUUAGUGCCUGUGGGCCGUGGUUUUUUUAACUAUAAUGAAUGUGUACCUUUCACAAGCACUUUGGUGAACCAGAGAGAAGAAAGUGUUCUCAGGAUGUGUUUAAAGCUCAGAGUUUUAAGAAGAAACAAUGUCCAGACAGCUUUGCUCAUCCUUCUCUCUCCCUAUUUUCUCCCCCUUGGUGGGGAGCUGGACAACAUCAUUCUGUGUUGACAGAUGUGUUUGUCUACCCAUAAUUUUGUGACAAUUGGCACUGUCCCCCAAAACCACGCUAGCCUUGUAGUAAAAUUCCUUCGUAUUUGUGGGAGUCCUCUGUCUUUCUGUGCCCCUAAAAUACUGUUAACCACUUUGCUCUGGAACCAGUCCCACAUUUGAUUUGGUGGUAAAGGGCAAAACAAUGAUUGUGGAGGUGGAUCUUUUAGGUCUUGUUGGUCUCUUGGUUGAAACUGUUUUCAAAAGCCCCACCAAGGGGUCUGUCACCUUGCUCUCCAUCCAUACUUAAUGCCUAUUUAUCAGCCCUGUUAGGUCAUAUAAAAGUUUGCACCUUUUGAACAAGUAAUUGUAUUUACUAAGGGAAAGGUGUGGACUACAGAUUAGUAUUAUAUUAUUUUAAUGGAUUGAAAGUAAUUUAUAAGUAUGCUGAGUGUAAAUUUAUAAAAGACUAUGUAUUGUAAAAGGACACAUCCUGUGAAACAUAAUAUCAUUUUACUGUUUAACAGAAUAAUACUAUACGAAGAAUGAUUUGUCUCACCCACAGAACUGAUUACAUUCCUGAUGCAAUCAACAGGCACUUUGUGAUUUCCUUUUUUUUUUUUUUUUCAUCUUUUUUUGGUGGGAGGGAGGGGGACAUCAUGUGUAUAAAGUAGAGUUUGUGUCACUCAAAAUAUGCACUGUAUGGCUACACAAGAGCAGCUUGAUGAGCAGAUCACUCCGUGGCUCAUUAAAGAACAAAGCUUCCAGAAGCAGCAGUACGUGUGGUUUGUUUUCUGACCAUCCUGGCUCCCACCCCAACUCACUCCAACCUGAACCCAAGGAAGAGCAAUGAUUUUUGUUAAAGUGAUGUUUUUUUUAAGGAAAGGACUGAGCCCCCAAAUUUUCAAAGUACAGAGGUGGUAAUUAUUGGAACUCAGUAGAGUUCAAGUGAAGGUGAGAUUCAAGCUGUGAGUUUUCUGUAAUGGAUGCUAAGCGUCAAGACUUCAUUUAAUCAAUUUAGAGGUAGGUGGGCAGGGAAGGCAGUAAAUCUACAUUGAGGAUCCUCACCAAAAAGGCCAUGAAGAAGUAGCAAUAGCUGCUAAUAGAGGGCCCUAGUGUAUCCUUUUUGUU